AAACCAAACCUAGAGCCGCCAGCAAGGAUUAGGAAAAGCUCUGCUUAUCUUUACUCAGCUCUGAGCCCUGGGUGAGUCAAACUUUUUCUGAGUUCACUGUUUGUACGACGGGGUCCACACUGAUGGGUUCUUGGCUAUGCGUCUGUCACUGCUCAGAUUCAAGAGGGGAUGUCCUGGUGCGCUCCUGCGAACCUGCAGCUAAAUCCCAGACACCCCCGCGCCCACCCGGAGCCAACAGGGAAUGGGGAAGCCAUCACUCAAUAUACCGACAGGGGUGAGCUUUGGGGGCUUUGGCCAUGCCAAGCUGUAUCUGUGGGGCCUAUUUGCCAACACACAGUAGUUAGGCAAAGCCAACAGGCCACAAGUGUCAGCGGAGAAAGUGCAGGGUUGGUGAAGAACCUCCUCCUAUCCCCAAGUGCCAAGAGGAAGGCGCCUCCCUCUAACCCUCAGCCUCCCCUGGCUUGAAAGGCUCAAUUUUUUUGGGCAAUCCCCUGUGACAUCAUGGGAACAGAGGUGGUUUCAUUUAAGACCAGCGUAGGUCCAGGGAGCUGCCCAGUACAGAAACCUCCCAAGACAGACGUCGCCAUCGAAACCCCAGCUGAAGCUGUGAGCUUUUUGUUUUCUGUCCGGGUCACUGUGGAUGGCGUCCCAGGCCUUGUUGGAGCCGCAGCCCUCUAACCAAAGCCAGCAGGCCCCUCCCAACGUCACCUCCUGCGAGGGUGUUCCAGAAGCCUGGGACCUGCUGUACAGGGUGCUGCCAGGGUUUGUCAUCACCAUCUGUUUCUUUGGCCUCCUGGGGAACCUUUCAGUGCUGUCCUUCUUUCUCCUGCCUCGGCGGCGGCAGAGACAUCACCGAUUAACCAUAGCAGAAAUCUACCUGGCUAACUUGGCAGCCUCCGACCUGGUGUUCGUGCUGGGCCUGCCCUUCUGGGCAGAGAACAUUGAGAACCAUUUCAACUGGCCCUUUGGAACAGACCUCUGCCGGGUGGUCAGCGGGGUCAUCAAGGCCAACCUGUUCGUCAGCAUCUUCCUGGUGGUGGCCAUCAGUCAGGACCGCUACAGGUCACUGGUAUAUCCCAUGACCAGCCGGGGCUACCGGCGGCGGCGGCAAGCCCAAGCCACCUGUCUGCUCAUCUGGGUAUCAGGGGCCCUCUUGAGCAUCCCCACAUUCCUUCUACGCUCUGUCAAAGUUGUCCCCGACCUGAACAUCUCUGCCUGCAUCCUGAUUUUCCCCCACGAGGCUUGGCAUUUUGCAAGGAUGGUGGAGUUGAACAUUUUGGGUUUCUUCCUCCCAUUGGCUGCCAUCAUCUUCUUCAAUUAUCACAUCCUGGCAUCCCUGAGAGGGCAGAAGGAGGCCAGCAAGACCAGGUGUGGGGGUCCCAAGGGCAGCAAGACGACGGGGCUGAUCCUCACACUGGUGACAUCCUUCCUGAUCUGCUGGGCCCCCUACCACUUCUUUGCCUUCCUGGAUUUCCUGGUCCAGGUGAAAGCAAUCCAGGACUGCUCCUGGAAGGAAUUCACAGACUUGGGGCUGCAGCUGGCCAAUUUCUUUGCUUUCAUCAACAGCUGCCUGAACCCAUUGAUUUAUGUCUUUGCGGGCCGGCUUUUAAAGACCAGAGUCUGGGAACAUUAUAAAUGAUACACCCCUAGAAGUGGCAUGCCCAUAUCCCCCACUAGGAAAGAACUCUUCCAACUGUUCUGGAAGAAUUGAAACAGCAAGCCAAUAGGCCUGCCUGCCUGCCUUCUAGACCAAUCAUCUCUGAUACCAUUAAGACCAGCUGGUCAGCUGACCCAGGGCCCAGAAGGAUGCCCAGGGAAUGCCACUAGUAGGGUCACAGGGACCUUGCAGAUGUAAUUAAGCUAAGGAUCUGGAGAUUAAGCUGAUCCUGAAGUGCAAAACAGUCACAGGGGGCCUUUUAAGCAGGGACUUAGGAGGGCUGGAAUGUGUGAUGAGGAAGGGGCCAUAAGCAGAGACUUCAGGCACCCCUAGAGCCUGGAGCAGGAAGAACAGAUAGACGUCGCCUCUGCAACCUUCAGAAACAAACAAAACAGCCCAGCCAACAUGCUGACUACUGUGAAAGAAGAAAACUGUGAGAGAAUAAAGCUGUGUUCUCAUUUGCA